AUGGCCUCCUUGAAAUUGAAAAAAUUGGAAGAAUUUCUGCAAACGGUUGAUGGCUUCGAGAAUCCCAAACUAACAUUAGAGCAGUAUGUAACACCAUCACACAUUGCCAGUCACAUGUUGUACACGAUACAAACGAACUACUUGGAUAUAGAAAACAAAUUCGUUCUAGACUUAGGAUGUGGAGCUGGUAUGUUGAGUAUUGGAGCAUCCCUUCUGGGAGCUGCACACGUUAUAGGUGUUGAAAUCGAUUCGGACGCAAUUGAGGUUUUCAAAAGCAAUGUCAAAGGUUUUGAUUUAGAAAAUGUAGACUGUGUACAAUGGGACGUUUUAUGUAAAGAAGGUUUUAGAAUGGAAAGAAAGUUUGACACUGUUCUUAUUAAUCCCCCAUUUGGAACUAAACAGAACAGUGGUAUAGAUAUGAAAUUUCUGCGUAGUGGUUUAAAUUGUGCGCAAUUUAGUGUUUACUCGCUUCACAAAACAUCAACCAGGGAUCACAUAAGGAAAAAGGCACUUGAGUGGCAUGUUAAAUCGUUCAUCAUUGCGGAAUUAAGAUAUAACAUUCUGCAAACCUAUAAAUUUCAUAAACGUUCGUCUGUGGAUAUAGCCGUUGAUUUGUGGCGCUUUGAAAAUACUAAGUAUUGAACAUUUUUAUUGAAAAUAUAUGCUUUGUGCUUAAAAUGUGA